AUGGACCCGCUCUGCAGCGAAUGGAACGGGAAUAAUAGCAUGGAUUUUCUGAAAAACUUGACCAAGGAGCAGUCGGUUGUGGUCCGGGCGCCAUUGGAGCGCUCUCUACUCAUUGCUGCGAGCCCAGGAGCCGGCAAGACGCAUACGCUCUUGAGUCGGUUGGCGUUUCUUCUCUUGAGCGGAAAGCUGGAACCUGGGGAAUUUGUUUUCUUCACUUUCAGCCGUGCUGGAAUCGAAGAGGCUAGGAGUCGCCUUGAGAAGCACGCAGCUAUCGAACCGCUCGUUAGAAGUGCACGAACGACGUUUCAGCAGGCGUUCCAGACGCUGCACAGCUUCGGUAGGCGGCUCGUGGAAAGCACCGCGGCACCCGUUCUCGAGCGUACCUGCCAACGGCGAACGUUCAUGAACGUCAUAUCGCAAACGCAAAAGCGGGCGAUACUGCGCGAGGCAAUAGAGCGUUAUCGCCAAAGGCUCCAGACGAACUGGGAUCGACUUCCGUCCUGCACCCAGCCCCUGUUUCAUCAACUUGAGCUCAGCGCACUGGAGAGCGACGAUGCCGGCGCCGAAAUGGCGAAAGGUGCCAAGUCAUCGGACGACCGUCUGGUAAAAGAGAUUUCCGUUCAAAUCGCUGAACGCAAAGCGAGGUUCAUCUCGCCACCGACAUUGGAACAAGUCGAUAGCGCUGCGUUCCAGUGGCCUCUGCUCGACUUUGUGUACGCCCUGUACGAGUGCUGGUUGCAGCAUCUGAACUGCAUCGAUUUCGACGAUAUGAUCGUUAUGGCUGUACGCAUCCUGGAGACGCAAGCAAAUCCGCCGCAUCUAUUCCCGCGAGGCCUGCGCCUCAUCCUCAUUGAUGAAUUUCAGGACACGAGCGCGAGCCAGUUGCGUCUGGUGCGUGCGCUCGCCAAACGCUACGCUUGCACUGUCUGUGCUGCUGGCGACGACGACCAGUGCAUCUACGAGUGGCGACAAGCCCGGCCUCAGUUUAUGACAGAAUUUACGCGCUUUUUCCCCGAUGCAGCAGUCAUGUUCCUGCGGGAGAGCAUUCGCUGUCCCGUGAAUAUCGCCUGUUGCGCAAAUGCGUUGAUCCAGCACAAUACGCGUCGGCUCUGCAAGAGCAUUGAACCGCUACCCGGAUACGAGCAACUGCGGGUACGGAUUAUUCUGGGGCGUUGCGUUGAAGAUGAGGUUGCGUAUCUUGGACAGGAGCUUGUAAGAUUGCACACGGAAAACGGGGUUGCCUGGAAGGAUAUGGCAGUGUUAUGCCGCGUUGCACAGCCACUGGAGACGCUCCGCAAGUUGCUCCGCGAGCGCGACAUCCCCUAUGCUGGUGCCGAGCAGUCCAAGACAGUAGCUCGUAAUCCGCAAAAUGAGUACGGCAUUCGCAUGCCCGCGAGCAACCUCGAUCAUGCCUGGCGAGAAACGCUCAUUCUGGCCAGUCCUUUGGUUAGUAUGAUCACGCUUCUGGUGAACGAGUACGAUUUGCAUUCGCUCGAUGACGCCUGCAAGGCCUAUGCGCCUUCUAUGCAUGCGCUCACCAGGACGUGCGUAAUCGAUGAGGCUCGCAAGCGCCGCAACAUGCCGUUGAUGCGGGUUGUGCAGUACAUGGUCGAGAACGCCCAGGAAUUCUUCGAGGGCGUCCCUGAUCGCAAUACGAUGCCCAUCAACGUAUCGCAGAACGCCAAAGCGAACUUUGUGCAAGCAUCUGUCGCGCCUGGCAGGCUCGCGCCGGGUUUCAAACGUGUGUCGGAACCUGCACCCGAUGCAUAUCGUCCAAAACUCAGUCAGGGUCAGUGGAAAGCGUGCCGCGUGCUUCUCGCGGCAUACGAGCGGCUGCUCGUCAUUGCACGGGAUCUGGGUCCCGAAAUCCGACUCGAGCGCAUGCUGGAGGUCGCUCUGGAAUUGCUGCCUGCUUCCGCUCCACAACAUGGAUGGAGCAUUACGAACGAUACGCGUCGCCUUCUUCGGCAUCUUGCUCAUCAUGUCGAUGAAGAAGCCCGUACCCGAUGGGAAUGGGCUUCAGGAGCUGCAGCGCUCCCGUCUCCGUCUCCAUCUGCUGGGCCUGAUGCCGGUAUAUCCAACAAUUACGGGACGGACGAGGAGCAACGGUGUUCGUUGCAGCCUGCCGCCGACUCGAGCAGCAAGCUACUCUACGGUGCACUCGCAAGGCGAAGACGGUGCACGCCCUUGGCACGGAACGAGUUGGGCAUUCGAUCGAGUGCCAGUCAUCACGAAAAGGACUCGUGGCGCAAGCCUCUGCGUCAGCUACUGCUCUGUCUGCAGGAUGCAUGGCAGGAAGGCACUCGUGCAUUCGCCCAUGCUCGUCGCAAAGUGCCGCUAGAUGCAGUCGCUGUAUCUACGAUACACAACGCCAAAGGCAGAGAGUGGCCUUUUGUAUUCAUUUUGCGUGCGGUCCAGGGAUCGUGCCCGUUGCUCUACCCGGAAGUCGAUCUGGAGGAAGAGCGACGCGUGUUCUACGUCGGGUUGACGCGGGCCCGCCAACAGUGCACGAUCCUCGCGAGCGAACCGCAGACAGGCAAGCAGCAAGAUCCGCAGCAGCAGCCAUCUAUAUUCCUCGAUGAGCUCUCUGCGCCUCACUGCGAGCGGAUACAAUGGCGUCCAGUUCAGCAGCAGCAGCAGCAGCAGCAGCAGCAGCAGCGAGCCCGAAAAAGAGCAACUCCCGCCGGGCACGCGUCAGCGAAACGAGAACGGAUCGCGGGUGCCUCGAUACCUUCAGCACCAAAGAAGCCCUGA